UGUGGAUGUAGGUCCCCUAGACAGGAGAUCAAAUGUAGUGUCCCAACUCAUGAAUCAACACAGACAAACACUUUUAUACGAUUUCACGCACACAGUCCACCCACAUCACCCACUUCACCAACACUGCCAGCCCACUUCAAACGAGCUUCCUGAAUAACAAUGAGCCCACUUGUACAAAGGAUCGGCUCGCGCGCACACGCACACUCACACUCGCACACAUCCAGAUGGGGAUGAGAAAGGCAGAGGGGCUGGAGUUGAGCUUUGCAGAUUGAGGGGUGAGAUGUUGCCACACAUGAAUUGUGCGAGCGUGUGUGUGUGUGUGUGUAGGGGCGGGGGGUGCAUGUCAUCAUUUUCUUCUUUCAUCUUUCCACCUUUAUUCCUCUCGACGCUCAUCCCUCGUUUUCCUACAGACAUCCUGUUGUCCUAGACAGACCCACAGGCAGAUAGACUGACAGGCAGAAAGACAGGAACGUGGACUCACAGGUAGAUAAGACAGGCAGAAGGGCAAACAGGCAGGCAGACAGACAAGAACGGUGGACAGACACGCAACAAACAUUCAACAAGCAGAAACAGAAAGCAGCCAAGUUUCUCAACGAAAGGUCAUCGUCGAUCAGAAUGACAGGGCAAGCGUUGGGAGAGAGUACAGAUUUGACAUCUCACAGAUUAUCUGUGAAAACUUGGAUUGAGGAAGAAGGAGAGAGAGCUGACAGUAUCAGAAGCCGAGGACAAUCGAUGUGUGAUGACACGUCCUCAGAAUUACAGAGGAUGGCAACAAUUGAUCGCAGGGGCCUCAACUCCCAGAAUUCAUACAGGGGUAGAGGAGCCUUGUCCAGAUUGGUCAGUAUGGUAUUGACUCCUCUCCCCAGAAUGGUCAGUAUGGUAUUGACUCCUCUCCCCAGAAUGGUCAGUAUGGUAUUGACUCCUCUCCGCAGAUUGGUCAGUAUGGUAUUGACUCCUCUCCCCAGAUUGGUCGGUAUGGUAUUGACUCCUCUCCCCAGAUUGGUCAGUGAGGUGUUGAGUCCUUCCUUCCCCAGAUUGGUCAGCAUGGUGGUGACUCUGAGAGAGUGGGCCCACAAGAGCCUCUUGGAGGAGGAGGAGCGUCCAGAUUCCUUCCUGGAACGCUUCAGAGGGCCUGAGCUGCAGGCCCCGCCCAGUCGCAUCAGCCACACCCACCCCGACGCCUCUGACGCUGACCACGCCAGGCCCACUCGGAAGUCAGACGUCUUGGUCCUCGCUCCAGCUGAUGACGUUUAUUACCACUGGCUGAUCAUUAUCGCCACUGCUGUACUCUACAACUGGUGCCUCCUGGUGGCCAGGGCCUGUUUUGAUGAGUUGCAGAUUCGAGGCGCGGUGGUGUGGCUGGUUCUGGAUUACCUGUGCGACAGCCUUUACAUCCUGGACAUGGUAGUCAGACUGAGAACAGGCUACCUGGAGCAAGGGCUGCUGGUGAAGGAACUGACCAAGCUGAGAGACAGCUACCUGCGCACGCUCCAGUUCAAGCUAGACGUGGUGUCCAUCCUUCCCACCGACCUCCUCUACCUCACCCUGGGCAUCCACACCCCCCUGCUCCGCUUCAACCGCCUGCUCCGCUUCAACCGCAUGUUCGAGUUCUUCGACCGCACCGAGACGCGCACUAACUACCCCAACGCCUUCCGUAUCUGCAACCUGGUCCUGUACAUCCUGGUUAUCAUCCACUGGAACGCCUGCAUCUACUAUAGCUUCUCCAAGGCCCUGGGCCUGGGCUCCGACUCCUGGGUCUACCCCAACUCGUCCGAGCCAGGCUUUGGCACCUUGACUCGGGGGUACGUCUACUGCCUCUACUGGUCCACCCUCACCCUGACCACCAUCGGAGAGACCCCGCCCCCGGUCAGAGACGAGGAGUUCCUGUUUGUGGUCUUCGACUUCCUGGUCGGGGUUUUGAUCUUCGCCUCCAUCGUGGGGAACGUGGGCGCCAUGAUCUCCAACAUGAACGCCACGCGCACCGAGUUUCAGAGUCGCAUGGAUGCCAUCAAGCACUAUAUGCAGUUUCGCCACGUCAGCAAAGACCUGGAGGCUCGCGUCAUUCGCUGGUUCGACUACCUCUGGACCAAUCAGAAAGCUGUGGACGAACAGGAAGUGCUAAAGAGCCUCCCUAAUAAGCUGAAAGCAGAGAUAGCCAUAAAUGUCCAUCUAGAGACAUUGAAAAAGGUCCGUAUCUUCCAGGACUGCGAGGCAGGCCUACUGGUUGAGCUGGUGCUGAAACUGCGCCCCCAGGUGUUCAGUCCGGGCGACUACAUCUGCCGCAAGGGCGACAUCGGCAAGGAGAUGUACAUCAUCAAAGAUGGCCGCUUGGCGGUGGUCGGCGAGGACGGCGCCACCCAGCUGGCCGUCCUGACGGCGGGAAGCUGCUUCGGAGAGAUCAGCAUCCUCAACAUCCGCGGCAGCAAGAUGGGCAACCGACGCACGGCCAACAUCCGCAGUCUGGGAUACUCAGACCUCUUCUGCCUGUCCAAGCGCGACCUGAUGGAGGCGCUCACCGAGUUUCCUCACGCUCGGCUGCAGCUGGAGCAGAGGGGGCGGGACAUCCUGCAGAAGGAGGGGCUCCUGGAGGAAGGGGGUGUGUCUGGCCUGGGGGCGGAGGAGCUGGAGCAGAAGGUGGACAGGCUGGAGGCGUGUCUGGACCGCCUGCAGACCCGCCUGGCCCGACUGCAGAGCGAGUACGCGGCGACGCAGCUCCGACUCAAACAGCGAAUCACGGGGCUGGAACGCAGCGUAAAUAUGGCGGCCACCGGAAGUGGUUUCCUGUCUGACGUGGAUGGAAGCGAGAGCGUCUGGGGAGACGGAAUACGCAGCGAGAUCAACAUCCAGCUAUGAGAAGCUGUUGCCAUGUACUUUCGAUAAGAUCUUCAUGAAAUCCUUUUCUUAGUACUGUACGCUAACAAUAAUUAUUAUAUUGCUACUAUAUGUUGUUGCCCAUGUCGAUAUUUAUAAUGCUAUAAUGGGAACUCUUUAUUUGUGUUGAUAAGAUUUGUCUAGAUGGGCUUACUUUUAUGAACACCGUAGGCCAAAAUGACCUGGGCACGAUAAGACUUGGCAACCAAAAAAGGUUUUGUCAUGUAUUACAAUGUUUAACUAGUAUUGGCAGCUAGCUACAUUUGGUUGUUUAUCUG